AUGGGUUGAUUCUCAGUGCAAAACGUCAUUAUUUCUCAUUUCCGUUCUUACAUUUCUCAGACUUCUUACCUCUCACCGAACUCGAUUACUUUCAUUUAAUCUUUCCGAUUUGUCGUUCCCACUCCCAGACCUAUGAAAUAACUACGGGAGACGCAAAAUCAGCGGCGGAAAGUGUUUUUCUAAAACUUCAAUCCCUCUUUUACUCUGGAGUCUUGUUCAUUCUUUUGAGUUCCUGAUUCGGUCAACGAGCUGUGUGCCGGUGAUUUUCUUGGAAGAAUUGAUGGCUAUACGACUCUCGUCGAGGGAGGUUGAUGAUUUGGGGCUUUUAGCUGGUUGAUGUUGAGAAGAUUAUGGGGAGAGCAAUCUCAGCGUUCCUUUGGCUUAUUUUGUUGUUGGAUUUUGUUUUGAGGGUCGCCGGUAAUGCAGAAGGUGAUGCUUUGAAUGCGUUGAAAACUAAUUUGGCUGACCCUAAUAAUGUCUUACAAAGCUGGGAUGCAACCCUUGUCAAUCCUUGCACCUGGUUUCAUGUUACAUGCAAUAGUGAUAAUAGCGUGACACGAGUUGAUCUUGGAAAUGCAAAUUUAUCUGGCCCACUGGUUUCACAGCUUGGGCAGCUUUCAAAUUUACAGUAUUUGGAACUUUAUAGUAAUAAUAUUAGUGGAAGAAUCCCAGAGGAGCUUGGAAAUUUGACGAACUUGGUGAGCUUGGAUCUUUACUUGAACACCUUAAAUGGACCCAUUCCAUCUACGCUUGGCAAGCUCUCAAAACUACGUUUCUUGCGUCUCAACAACAAUACCUUGACUGGAGAAAUUCCUCGGUCCUUAACCACUGUUAUGUCACUACAAGUCCUGGAUCUUUCAAACAAUGUGCUUACAGGAGAAAUUCCAGUAAACGGUUCUUUCUCACUAUUUACUCCCAUAAGUUUUGCUAAUAAUAAGCUUAAGCCUCUUCCAUCUUCUCCACCUCCUUCUUUGAAACCUUUAGUGCCAUCACCUUCAGGUAAUAGUGCCACUGGUGCUAUUGCUGGGGGGGUCGCUGCUGGUGCUGCCCUGCUGUUUGCUGCCCCUGCAAUAGUGCUUGCUUGGUGGCGGCGAAGGAAACCGGAAGAUCAUUUCUUUGAUGUACCAGCUGAAGAAGACCCUGAGGUUCAUUUGGGACAGCUUAAAAGGUUUUCUUUGCGUGAACUACAAGUUGCAACUGAUAAUUUUAGCAACAAAAAUAUUCUAGGUAGAGGAGGAUUUGGUAAGGUUUAUAAAGGUCGCUUGGCAGAUGGUUCACUAGUGGCAGUAAAAAGACUCAAGGAGGAACGUACCCAGGGUGGAGAGCUGCAGUUUCAAACAGAGGUAGAAAUGAUCAGCAUGGCUGUGCACAGAAAUCUUCUACGUCUUCGUGGCUUUUGCAUGACCCCUACAGAACGGUUGCUGGUUUAUCCUUUUAUGGUUAAUGGAAGCGUAGCAUCUUGUUUGAGAGAACGUCCUGACUCACAACCAGCACUUGAUUGGCCAAUCCGGAAAAGAAUUGCUCUGGGAGCUGCAAGGGGGCUUGCUUAUUUGCAUGAUCAUUGUGACCCUAAGAUUAUCCACCGUGAUGUAAAGGCCGCAAAUAUACUGUUGGAUGAGGAAUUUGAAGCAGUUGUUGGGGAUUUUGGACUGGCUAAACUUAUGGACUACAAAGAUACACACGUCACAACUGCUGUACGUGGUACAAUUGGUCAUAUAGCCCCUGAGUACCUCUCAACUGGAAAGUCAUCAGAGAAAACUGAUGUGUUUGGGUAUGGUGUCAUGCUUCUCGAACUGAUCACAGGACAGAGGGCUUUUGAUCUUGCUCGGCUUGCAAAUGAUGACGAUGUGAUGUUACUUGAUUGGGUAAAAGGUCUUUUAAAAGAUAAGAAGUUGGAAGUACUGGUUGAUGCUGAUCUUCAAGGAAAUUACAUGCAAGAUGAGGUGGAACAACUGAUCCAAGUGGCUCUCCUUUGCACUCAAGGCUCUCCCAUGGAAAGACCAAAGAUGUCUGAAGUGGUCAGGAUGCUGGAAGGAGAUGGCUUGGCUGAAAGAUGGGAAGAAUGGCAGAAAGAGGAAAUGUUCCAUCAAGAGUUUAACCAUAGCCACCAUCCGAAUGCUGGUUGGAUUAUAGCAGAUUCGACUUCCCACAUCCCACCGGAUGAACUAUCUGGGCCUAGAUGAUCGAUACACAGCCACAGGUUUUGUAUUUUAAAACGACGUUAUACAUCUGUGCAUAUAAUUUUCUUUUAAUUUUACACCAUUCAUCACUUGAUGUGUAGUUUAGGUUGCAUUAUUGAAUCUAUGUUAUGACUUGCUCAUGUUGUAAGUUUAAUAGAGUUUUAGACUGCAUUAGAUGCUAGCAAAGACGGCAAUUAAGAUGUGGCAGCACCCAAGUUAUAUUAAUGUAUUGAAGAAUAGUGAAGAUUUUUACACUAAUAAUUAUGUAGCCAUUUG